GCAGACUCGGAGGUGACUCUUCACGUGGGACAGAGGCGCAGGCAAACUGGCCCAGAAUUUUGAACUUCAACUUGAACCAGACCAGGGCAGGCAGAUCUACCUCAUAUUUUGUAUUACUUUGUUUCGGUCAUUGUUUACAUGGCUUUUCCACGCGACUCAGGCUUGCUUCAUUUUAGAGCGUGUCCAAUAAUGGCGACAUCCUACAGCCCCGUACCGGUUCAGCCGUCUCUACCGGCUCUUAUGCCAGUGGUGAGUUUCUGUUUGUUCUCCGCAGCGGCCAGACUUGAACGGCGGAGAAGUGCGAAGGUCUUCGGUCCUUUUGGAGCCGAUGCUACAUUUUGAAGCGCCAUUGAAAUGUAGAAGGGCGUCGUGUUGUCCUCUUUCAAGUUGUUCAGCUCAGGUUGGAGGACUCACAUUCUACGACUUCGAGUUCAUCUCGUCCGUCUCGUCCAUCUCGUCCAUCUUGGUGAAGGUUGAAAAACCAAAGUGACCUCCUACAAUGAGCGACAUGGGCUCCCUACCGACCAACAACGCCCCGCCAGCUGCGCCGCAUUCCUACCCUGUGCCCAAGCCAGGCGUCUACUGUCCGGCCGUCACCUUCUUCGACCCAGAGACCGACACACUGCGUCCCACGGAACAAGGUCAAUACUACUCAUAUCUUGCCAAUUCUGGCUUGACAGGACUAGUGAUUUUGGGGACAAAUGCAGAGACCUUCCUCCUUAGCAGAGAAGAGCGAUCUACUCUGCUGAAACUCGCACGCAAGUCGGUGCCCGCAGACUAUCCGAUCAUUGCUGGCGUGGGUGGACACUCGACUUCUCAGGUGCUCGAGUACAUCAACGACGCGCAUGCCGCGGGCGCCAACUUUGUUCUUGUUCUGCCGUGCGCAUACUUUGGCAAGCAGACCACACCGACGGUAGUCCACAACUUCUACACGGCCGUGGCAAAGAAAUCUCCUCUCCCUAUACUCAUCUAUAACUUCCCCGCCGUCUGUAAUGGCCUGGACCUCGACUCCGAUACAAUCGGGGCAUUGGCGCAGGAAUUCCCGAACAUCGUGGGAGUCAAGUUGACGUGCGGUUCCGUGGGCAAGAUCACACGUCUGUCAGCCACCUUCCCGCCCGAGCGGUUUGCUGUGUUUGGUGGACAAUCCGAUUUCCUGGUUGGUGGAUUGGCCGCAGGAAGCGCGGGCUGCAUCGCCGCAUUUGCGAACAUCUUUCCCAAGACCGUGUCCAAAAUCUUCGCUUUGUGGACCAUGGGCAAACAUGACCAGGCACUGGCCUUGCAGAGGAUGGCUGCUCAUGCCGAGUCGCCUACCAAAGCCGGCAUUGCAACCACCAAAUAUGCUGCCAGUCAGUUCAGUGCCAAAAAGGCAGGAAUCCAAGGUGAUCUGGAGGCUCUUCUUCGGCCACGACAACCUUAUGAAGAGCCAAGCGAAGUGGUCAAGAAGAAGAUCAAGGACGUGAUGGCACCGCUAGCUGAGAUUGAGAACACGCUUUAGAUCCAGGUGACAUGGAGAUUCUUGAAACACGUUUUCAGCUAUGACGAUCUUGCAUACCUACCUUAUUUGUUCUUUGCCAGCAGGUAGAAAGACACUGUCCAGAGAAGACCUGUAUCACCAGAUGGACGCACUCACGGACAGAGGACAUGACAUCACGAAAUUGUCAGAAUAAAAUAAGAUGAGACAGUCUCAUCAUCUUCCCACACAAUUAGCGAUUCUUACCUCCUAUACCUUGAUAUCUUGUCCAUAGAUACUGUCCAUGAAUGUGAAUCAUAGAUCUGGAUCACAUGCAGGUAAUCGUCCGAUCUGAUCUGCCUCAGGCAAGUCACAUUGGCACUGCGCCGGCAGAUAUCUAUAUGUUGUAGCACGGAGAUCGACAACGGACAAUCGAAAGCAGAUUAUCGAAGUUCGCCUCGCAGCCUCGCUUCGCUUGUCCAAAGCCCACAUUUCAAGCCACAAUGAUGCGGCCCAGACAAAAGUGCAGCCGCCCGCUGAAGAAAAACAAGGCAGACGACAUGCUCCACAAGUCAAAUCUGUCAACUGACAGUCAUCGCGUGCCGCAUCUGGCGUACGAGGCGGCAUCGUGCAUGACGGGAAGCAACUUGAAGUGACACAACCUUGGACGGAUGCACCAAACUUUGAAACUCGCCUGUCUGUCUCACCGCAGCGAUCGACCCAACGGCAUCCCGCAGAGUAAGGUGUCCGGAGUACGACUUGCAUCCUUCGUCUGCGAAACGCCUAUUCCUUUUUCCGGAUAGUAACACGAAAUGGUUCAGCAGAAUAUCAAAGAAUAAUAAAAUAGCCGAUACACAGGAGCCAAUGGCUUCAGCUUUUUAGGAUACAAAUGAGCUGGAUCUCAAGGUUCCAGUUGUCAUGGCGCCGUCUUGGUACAUCUGGUCUGUGUAAUAGUGCCAGUCUCCAAGAGUGGCUGAUACUAAUGUGUCAAAACAUCGUCCCGAUCGAUUGAGAGCCUGAUACCUCAGUUUUAAUCAUUGCAAGUACAAAUGCUUUCCCG